GUCUGCCAGAUCUGCUGCGGGGUGUCCCCCAAUGGAAGCAGUGCAAGGAGGAGAGAAUUACUUCACCUAAGUGCAGCAUGAGGAGAAAGAAAACUGGAAGAGACUUAAAGCCCCAUUUCCUUCCUCCACCCGUAGGUCCAACUUCAGUGACAGAUCUGAUGGCCUUGGAGUGGCUGAAGACCACCACCCUCCACAGGCCUGCGCCCAAGCACAGCUACCCCUCUUUAUCUUGAGUGUGCUUCCCCAGCAUUGUCAGAAACUGUAGUUGGAAAGGGAGCUGAGUGACCACUGGACUUUAUCUGAAAACACCAACUUGGGGCUGACUUUCAGGCAAGGCUGAGGGAGAUUAGGAGGCGUGUGAUUUGGUUUUGCCUUUACCUUGAACCAUGAUUGGCUCUACAACUAAAGGGAAAGAGUCCGGGGCCUCCUCGAAACCUGGAACCGAUAGCCCUGCCAAUGCUAAAGGAAAAGCCAAGAGCCAGACCAAGAAAGCAGUUAAGGCAGAACCAAAAGAAUUGGGCAAUGAGGCUGGGGCACAAACAGUGAUUUACACUGAGCCCGAGACUGUGACAUGGAAAGUGAAAAAAAAGAAAGAUAAGACUAAUACGAGAAGCAUGGCUCAGGCUAUGACAGAACUGGCAGAGCCAGGGUUCGUGCCUCACACCAAGUCAGGUGCUUUGCCUAUGUCUGUGCUCAUUACUGUAACCAAGUCUGAAGUUAAGGUUGAUGCUAGUAUUGGAGCAUCUGUCAAGUGCUCUGCCAAGACUAAUGAUCAGCACAAAUCUGAGAUAAAGAAAGAGGUCUGUGUCAGAUCCAUGGCUGGGGACAAAGCUAGUAUUGUCAUCAACACCGCUGAUGAGGAUGAAGACUAUGUGUGUUCUUGGUUUUGGACUGGAGAAGAACCUAGCGUAGGGUCCUGGUUCUGGCCUAAAGAAGAAACCCCUCUUCAAGUUUAUCAGCCCCCACCUAAGGUUGAGGAAGAGCCUGAACCCACAGACAAUUUCGACUUUACUUUAAAAAAGAAAGCAGCAGCAUGGGCAAGGGGCAGGUUUAUUGUCCUAGUCCCAGUUGAGGAAGCCGAACAGUCUUUACCUCCUGAAGGGAACUGGACUCUGGUUGCGACCUUAAUUGAAACUCCUCUGGGCAUUCGACCUUUGACCAAGAUUCCACCGUAUGGUGGACCUUACAUCCAGACUUUAGCUGAUUUAAAAAACCAAGUCCGGGAAAGAGAAAAGUACGGACCCAAUCCAAUGACCUGCCGCUGUAAAUCCCGCACCUUUAGUUUAGAGCCUUUGGAGUUUGAGAAACUUGUUGCCGUACUUAAGUUAACUAGGGAUCCUUUUAUUCAUGAGAUAGCUACGAUGAUAAUGGGCAUCAGUCCCGCUUACCCAUUUACUCAAGAUAUUGUUCAUGAUGUUGGUAUUGCUGUUAUGAUUGAACAUUUUGUCAAUAAUCCAAAUGCUAAAAGAUACCCUAAAAAUCUAAAUGUGACCAUCAGCUCUGACGCCUCUGAAGAAGUAAGAGAGAAUGAGGCACAUGUCAAUAAAGUCUGUAGGGACAUACUCUGUUGUCCCUUGAACUGCUCUGUACAAGUAGAAGAGCUGAAAUUGUUAGUGAGUCUCAGUGUGAAGUUUGAGUAUCACCACGUGAUUGUCAAUUACGUUCGCUAUUUCAUCAAAUUGCUGAACAAAGGAAGUGUCAAGAUUAAGUUUCAGGUUUUAAGAGUUAUUCUGUGUUUGUCAAAAAAUCAAGCCAAUACAAGAGAGCUGAUCAGUGCUGAAGUAUUGGCGUCACUGAUUGCCCACUUUGACAAGAAUGAAUCAAAGGCUAAUAUUCUUCAUAUUAUUGAGAUAUUCGAGAAUAUAAACUUCCAGUUCAAAAAAAGGGCAAAGCUAUUUACCAAGGAAAUGUUCACUAAAUCGGAACUUAUUUCCAUAUUCCAGGAGGCAAAAGAGUUUGACCAGAAACUACAAGACCUAGCAGAGCACAGUGACCCUGAUGUGAGAGAUAAAGUUAUUCGAUUAAUACUCAAACUCUAAAUAGCUGUAUAUUCUCACAAAGCCUUGACCCUUUUUUGUCUUUCCAAUAUAAGUCUACUGCUUAUUAUAGUUAUAAAUUUGAUACUUAUGCUCUCUGUGUUGAGGGAGGCAAUUUUAUGGAUGCAAGUCAUCUUGAGAGAUUGAACACUUGCUGGUUUUUUAUUGUGCUAUAUACAAUAUAAAGUGAAGUAUUUUUGGUAUUUCUGUAAUGUAACCUAGUGCUGAACCUAUUCAUCCAAAAUAAGAUAUAUUUCUGUGCAUUAUAUUGAUAUAUAAGUGUAUUUUCGUAUUCCGUUUACGUGUUUUUAAUAAAGUUGUGUGCUAAACCUGAUGAAAACAUUGUCCCAGUUCUUUAGUUGAAAUAUAGUCAGAGAUGAACAAUGUAAAGACAGUCAUGAUCACUGUCUGUCCAUUUACGCAGGGUGGGGAGAGGGUGGUACAAACAAACAGGUCAUAAACUGGCAGAGCUUUUAGUUUCAGCGUGCUCGGGGAAUGCAGUCAAGCAUUCUGUAACCAAGAAGACAGGGCUGUGCUUUUAACUGUAUGUAGGUUGUAGAUGGCAGGGUUUCAAGUGAGAAAUGGUGCUCUAUCCAGACAGUUCUGGAGAAGUGGGUGAUAACAGACUUCGGAGGAGGUGAAUACAGAUGCCUUGAUGUCAUUCUAAGAACUUAUACUUAGCCCUUUAGCCCUUCGCAUUGGCUAGGAUAG